GUGCAACAUGCACUGUAAAAGUCACAGGAUCCAGACAAACUCUUCCUUCACAGUCAGUAACUUCCAUCAUUUAUAAAAAGGCACCUAAUCCAUAAUACUAAUGGCAGUUGUGAGGAACAUCUGCAGGCUUUGGCUGCUUCUCUCUUUGCUUGGAUUCAGUCUAGUGUCAUCAAAGAGGAAAGGAAGUUCCAGUUCCAGUUCCAGUUCCAGUUCCAGUUCCAGUUCCAGUUCCAGUUCCAAGACCAGUUCCAGUUCCAAGACCAGUUCCAGUUCCAGUUACCCAAAGCAAAGUAGCUCUGCUGGAUCUAGUUUGCUCGAUAACCCUCAAUCACAUGGUGAAGAUGAACCUGCUGAUUGCAAGGUGUUGAGGACAAACUAUUUCGAAGACACAACUGUAACUGGCUACUAUGGAGACUCGGUUAUUUUACCUUGCCAUUGUGAGGACCUGGAGAUGAAGCCCCACAAUUUGCAGUGGAGUAAAAGAUUUCUGCAGUCGGGGCUAUAUUAUGCGUCCGUGUAUAACUUCACUGAGGGCUCCAUGGAACCAGGAGUUCAUGAGGACUUUGAAGGCAGAGUGACUCUGGUGGAAGGUUCCGCUGGCAACCUGUCUCUGAUCAUAAAGGACUUGAGGGAAGAGGAUGGAGGGUCCUACCGCUGCGAGUCAGACUAUGGAGAAGAUUAUGUGAAGCUGAUAAUUAAAGGCUGUGAUUUGGUCAAACCAGGAAAGAGAGUAGAAAUCAAUAAACUCUCCGGAGAGUCAGUCCUCUUGCCUUGCUGGUGCGCAGAGGAAAAGAGCAAACCGAAGACAUUAACGUGGGAGGAUCCCAAUGGGCGCCUCAUCAAGUCCUACACUGAGCUGAGUGGACGCUUUGCCCCCAGAAUCAAGAUGUUUAACGACCUGGAGACAUGGAACAUGUCUCUCCUCUUGUCUGACUUGACGGUAGACGAUGAAGGAGUGUACACGUGUCAGACUACCGACAAUAAAGUGGUUAUCAGUCUCACCGUUACAGACUGCACCCUGUCAGACCAGGAUGGGGUGAUGGAAGUGGAGGUCCCACCGGGAUCGUCCAUUCUCUUGCCCUGCGCUUGCACUAAUCUGGACACCAAGCCCAAGGCUUUCCGCUGGACGGCUCCCAACGGCAGAGAGAUCCACUGGCACUACAAAGGCAGAUCGCAGAUGUUCCACCAGACCAGCUCUCCAGGGAACCUGUCCUUGCUCCUCUCUGACCUGAUGCCAGAAGAUGAGGGAGUAUACCGGUGUGAGAUCGGCGAGAGCAUAUCCAGAGUGUUUGUGCUCACUGUUAAUGCAGGACCCACCCAUGCCAAACUAACAAGCGAAACUGAAGAAAUUGAAGAGGUUGCGGUCCUGGAGAGUCCGUGCCGCCUCCAGCAUCUUCUCAUGUUCAUGUUGGCAGCCCUCAUCAUCCUGCUCAUCACACACAUCACUGUGGGAGCCAUGAUCAUCCGCUGGAGGAACCAGGGUAUCGUCUUUUCUCAUGCAGAUACUGCCUCUUGUCCUUGCAACUGAAGGAGAAAAUCUGAAAGAAUCAGCUGAGCAGAACAUUCCAAAUUAUUCAGUUCAUAUUUUUUUCAUAUCACACUACAUAACUUUUUUAUUAAAUGCUAAAGCCUAAUGCUUCAGUAGACAAUGACAUUCAUGUCAGCAAUGGUGUAAUCGUACUGAAUAGUGUGUGCAAAGAUCAAUCGCUAGAGGAGCAUUCAGCUUGAUUGUGAAACUGAACGGUCGUGUGGCCAAUUUCUGAAGGUGAUGGUUAAAUGCGAUUGGUUGUAAUACCAGUUCAACUUCAAGCUUGUAUAAUGGUGUAAUAUAAUACAUUCUGCAGAUUGUCAGUGCUGUAGUUGACAUGAACUGUAUAAGUGUUUUGUGUAACUAAAAUGCAUCUGUAUUAUAGCAUUUGUUGCAUCACUCUUCUGGUAGCUUUGUAAACUAUCAGUAUUUGUUAGCUGCAGUGUCAGUGCAUCUAUGAUAAACACAUUUGGUAACACUUUA